AUGUCAAUAAUCGACUUUUCCAUCCACAGCGCUCGGUUUGUCUGGAUCCGCUAUAACGCCGUCAACGUGAUCAACCCCGAGUUAGUGACGGAGUCUAACACAUUCCGCGUCCACCCCAACUUCAACGCUAACACUGGCGCCAACAACAUUGGCCUUGUUAGCGUCAACAGAUUUGUGGAGAGUACUGAUACCAUCGCUCCAGUGGCUUUGUCCAGAGACGCUGAAGUUCCUGAGUCUACUAUUCUCUGCAUCUGGGGCGAGGAUGACGAUGGUGAGGAUGUACCUGGCGAACAGCUGCAAUGCAACGAAGUCAAUGUCUAUGAGGAGGAGGAGGAGGGUAUUGUAGCCCAUGGCAAUAUCGCGGCUAGUAGAUUCGAUCUUGGCACUCCUCUCGUGAGUGACGGCGUCCAAAUCGCGUACAUGGUUGCGCCGACGGCAGGGAACUACAUUUCUGGCAAAUACAUCCGACCUGACGUGGAUUGGAUCAACUCUAUUACGGGUCUUGAUCUUUAAGACGGGCACCGUCAUAGAACAGAACUGCAGAAAUUUUGUUGCAGAAUAAAUACCUGUAUAUGUAGAUAAAGAUGACCAUAAACAGUUGUGAACAUUGUCUAAGUUGUUAAUAAAGAUUUAUUGAAUCCAA